AUGAAUUCAAGAAGACGAGAAGCAAUAGCUGAUAUCAUUUGGCAACACCGUGAAAUUCGGUUUGAUCUCGAUCCACGCCAUCUAAGAUUAAUUCAUGGUGAACAUAUAAUUGAUCGAAUCGAUGGCGUUGAGGAUACAAAAGGAAAUAGUGGUGAUAAAGGUAUUUUUCGUAUAACAAAUCUACGAAUCAUUUGGCACGCUGUACAAAUGCCUCGUAUCAAUUUGAGCAUUGGGUACAAUUGUAUAAAUGGUGUUACAACGAGAAUAGCUGAGUCAAAAAUUCGUGGACGUGCUGAAUCAUUAUAUAUAAUGGCACGAAAUGCUAAUACUCGUUUCGAAUUUAUUUUUACUAGUAUUAGUCCGUCACAGACCAAAUUAUUUACAUCUGUCAUCUCUGUACAUCGAGCUUAUGAGACAUCGAAAAUGUUCCGUGAGUUAAGGAUGCGUGGAGCUUUGAUCAACGAAGAUGGUCAGCUGCGUAUUUUGCCUCAAGAACAGCAGUGCGAUCGCUUUGAGGGAAUAUGGAAUCUUAGUGGAGAUCAAGGCACUCUUGGUGUGUUAAUUCUGACAAACAUUCGAAUUGUGUGGUUCUCCUUGGUCAAUCCUAUGUACAAUGUCAGCAUACCUUAUCUCCAUUUGCAGUGUUGUCGAAUUCGUGAUUCAAAAUUUGGAGUCGCUCUUGUAUUUGAAACUUCAGUUACAAGUGGCGAGUAUGUUCUGGGUUUCCGUGUUGACCCUAAAGAUAAAUUACAACAGAUAUGCAAAUCAAUUCAAGUUUUGCAAAAUGCAUUCAUCUCAAAACCAAUAUUUGGCGUACAAUACGGUCGAGAACGUCCAGUAAUCGCUUUUUCACCCUUAUUAUUAAUAUUGGAUAUCAAUCAGCAAACGGGGACACCCAAAGCUAUUGGAGAAACACUAAAAUUAAUCGACGAAGAUAUUGAACUCGACGAACGACCUCUUCGCUCGGACGCAUUUGCUGCAUAUUUUUCGGAUGGAUUGAUCAGCGAAGGAGUGCGGCCACCUGUUUAUUCCGAGGAACUUGGAAUAGCCAUUGAACAAUUAAAACCAGGUUUCACUAUUUCUGAUUUAUGGAAUAUUCAUGUCGAAUAA